AUGAUAACUACCACGGCAACGCGGCUUGGCACCCCUGCUCCAUCCGGGGCGCAGUACAUCCGAAUGACAUCCUUUGACGAUGAGAGAUCAUCAUCAGAUUUCCCGCGUUCCAGAUCGCAGUCCCUAAGUGUACAAAAAAGCGCAUUGGACACAACAAGGAGGCUAUCAGUGAGUGCAGCAGCCGGAAACGAGAAGCCGCCGGCAGCCACGAGGAGCCGGUCGUCGACAUACGGCUGGAAUUCGAGAUCCACGCAGUCGUUUUCGCACCAUGGCGAGCACCACACUGGAUUCUUUCUUUUCAACUUGAUUCUCAUGUUGUACGACGAGUACAAGGCGGCGUGCCGGGACGGGAACUUGCUGGUGGGCAUCCGGGUUGGUUAUAGGCCCUCCCUGCGGAAAUUCCGCCACCUCACUGGCUUCGCAAAGGCAAAUGUUGCCUUGUGCACGUUUGUUUUCCUACUUGUGCUCUACAUAAUUCCCGUCCAUCUGUUCUUCAAGCUGGCCAUUGCCACAGCCUUGAUCACCGUCUGCACAGUGCCCGUCUUGUCGCAAUUCUUCUUCUAUGCAAUGCCUGUUUUGGCAUGGGUCUUUUUCUUCUUUUCUGCAUCUAAGUUCCCCCAGGCCUGGAGACCUCCCAUCUCUGUCAAGGUUCUCCCUGCUAUGGAGAAUAUUCUCUAUGGGGACAACUUGUCCAACAUCCUCGCUGCCUACCACAACACCUUCUUGGACUUGUUGGCCUGGCUACCUUACGGAAUAGUGCACUUUGCCGGCCCAUUUGUCGUCGCAGCACUUAUCUGGCUCUUCGGCCCACCAACAGCCUUGAGAUACUUCAGCUGGAGUUUCGGAUACAUGAAUCUCUUGGGGGUCGUCAUGCAGCAACUCGCUCCUGCUGCACCGCCCUGGUAUAAGAACCUCUAUGGCUUGGCAGCUGCCAAUUACGGCAUGUCCGGUUCGCCGGGUGGAUUGGCACGUAUCGACCAACUUUUUGGCUUCGAUAUGUACACUUCCACAUUCAGCAACUCGCCCAUCAUCUUUGGUGCCUUGCCAUCCUUGCAUUCCGCAUGCUCUACUAUGAGUGCACUCUGGUUGUCCUAUCUCUUCCCAAAAUUCAAGAUUUGCUUCAUUGGCUACGUUUGCUGGUUGUGGUGGUCCACCAUGUAUCUCACGCACCACUACUUUUUUGAUCUUACCACCGGCACUGCCAUGGCCAUCAGCUUUUUCUACAUGGUUAAGCUCACCUAUCUCCCAGUGCGCGAUCCUCGUUGCUGGUGUCGUUUUGACUACACUGAGAUCAAGCAGUACAAUCUUCAAGACAACGAUCCGUUAUCUGACCAGGCCAACGAUGAUUCUGGGGAUGUGCUGGAGGCCUCGGUUCCAAGAGUUGUAGUUUAG